AUGCCAUUCCUGAGCCCCUUACGCUCAAUUCCGGGCCCUGUGCUCGCGCGCUUUACUCGACUGUGGGAGCUCAGAGCCCUUCAUCGAGGCAACAUCGAAGCUGUCACUAUCGACCUACAUCGCCGUCAUGGAAACGUCGUUCGGCUGGCUCCCAACCGGUACAGCCUAACCGAUCCACAGGCUGCGAAGGAUAUAUACGCCAUCAGCUCGAAAUUCACUAAAUCUGCGUUCUACGACCCUUUCGGUACGCCAUUGGCUAGUCGUAAGGACAUCUUUUCGACACGGAACGAGAAUCAUCACCAGGAAGACCGACGCAAGAUCGCAUCGAUGUAUUCACUUACAUCUCUCCUCUCGUAUGAGCCUUACGUCGACUCCAGCAACGAGGCCCUAUGUGAAAAGAUGCAGGGCUUCGCACACAGGAACCAGCCAUUCAACCUGAUGCAAUGGACUCAAUAUUAUGCAUUUGAUGUUAUUGGUGAGAUCACCUUUGGCAAAGCCUUCGGCAUGAUGGAAACAAGCUCGGACGUGGACGGCAUCUUGAAGGCCAUCCAUCUCACCGCCUUCAUUCCGGCCUACCUUGGCCUGCUUCCGGAGCUUAGCAACUUGUUUUAUCGAGCCCUGUUCCUCCUCGUCAAGGAGAGCCCCCUUAUCGUUCUUCAAGGCUUUGGUAACAGAGCACUGGCAGAGCGAAGAAAUGGCAAUGCUCCCAGUGAUCGAGAAGACUUCCUCGCUAAAUGUCAGAAACUCAACGAUGCGGGCAAGCUGGAUGACGGCCUCGCUGGUCGGGUUCCAACCGGGAACGUCAUUGCAGGCUCGGAUACGACCGGGAUAACUCUCGCAGCGGCGUUGUACCAUCUCAUCCGCAAUCCAGACAGUAUGCGGAAGCUCCAACAUGAAUUAGAUGAGGCUACGCGCCGCGGCGAACUGUCUCAGGUAGCAACUUUUGCGGAAGCGAGUAAACUACCCUACCUGCAAGCGGUCAUCAAAGAGACACUGCGGAUUCAUCCCGCGGUGGGAAAAUUACUUUCAAGAGUCGUCCCAGCAGGAGGUAAAGAGCUGGCUGGCCACUACUUUCCCGAAGGAUCCGUCGUCGGGGUGAAUGCCUGGGCAAUCCACCGCAACCCCGAAAUCUUCGGAUCCGACGCAGACAUCUUCCGUCCGGAGCGCUGGAUGGGACCACGCGAGGAAGUUGCCCGUAUGGAACAACACAAUUACGCGUUCGGAGCCGGAUCUCGUACAUGCAUCGGCAAACACAUCAGCUUGUUGGAGAUCAACAAGGUCCUUCCGCAGCUCCUUCGCCAAUUUGACUUUGAAGGCCUGGAUGAUCGAGCAUGGACCACGAAGAAUUAUUGGUUCGUGAAACCUUCGUAUAUGUGCCGCGUGAAGGUUCGUGAAGGAAACGCAAAAGUUUAA